CGCGGCCGGAGCGGGCGCUGCUGCUGUCUGAGCGUCUCCUGCGUCCACGGUUUAAUUUAUUUUUGGAAAUCAAGUUCAAUAUUAAAAAGAAAAAGCACACAUUAUUGGAAGCCAUUUUCUACUAAUUCCGAUACAUUUUAACUUAUGAUUUGAUUUGAAUACUGUCAUGGGAGGAGCUGUGAGUGCUGGGGAAGAUAAUGAUGACUUAAUUGAUAACCUUAAAGAAGCUCAGUACAUCCGCACUGAAAGAGUAGAGCAAGCCUUCAGAGCCAUUGACCGCGGAGAUUACUAUCUGGAAGGCUACAGAGACAAUGCGUACAAAGACUUAGCCUGGAAGCACGGGAACAUACACUUGUCCGCACCUUGCAUUUAUUCUGAAGUUAUGGAAGCUUUGAAACUUCAACCAGGAUUAUCAUUUCUUAACCUGGGAAGUGGAACCGGAUAUUUAAGUACAAUGGUGGGCUUAAUUUUAGGUCCUUUUGGAAUAAAUCAUGGGAUUGAACUUCAUUCAGAUGUGGUGGAAUAUGCCAAGGAAAAACUGGAGAGCUUCAUCAAAAAUAGUGAUAGCUUUGAUAAAUUUGAAUUCUGUGAACCCGCAUUUGUGGUGGGUAACUGCCUUCAGAUAGCUUCUGACAGUCAUCAGUAUGAUCGAAUUUACUGUGGAGCUGGAGUGCAGAAAGAUCACGAAAACUACAUGAAGAUCUUGCUCAAAGUUGGGGGAAUACUGGUCAUGCCUAUAGAGGAUCAGUUAACACAGAUUAUGCGGACUGGACAAAACACCUGGGAGAGUAAAAAUAUCCUUGCUGUUUCCUUUGCACCACUAGUACAGCCUAGUAAGAAUGAUAACGGCACGCCGGAUUCUGUGGGACUCCCCCCAUGUGCUGUCAGGAAUCUCCAAGACUUGGCUCGUAUUUACAUUCGACGCACACUUAGAAACUUCAUCAAUGAUGAGAUGCAGGCCAAAGGAAUCCCACAAAGGGCUCCACCCAAGAGGAAAAGAAAGAGAGUUAAACAGAGAAUUAACACUUACGUGUUUGUGGGUAAUCAGCUUAUUCCUCAGCCUCUAGAUAGCGAAGAGGAUGAAAAAAUGGAAGAAGACAGCAAAGAUGAAGAAGAGAAAGAUUCCAGUGAAGCUGUGAAGCACGAGGAGCCGCCCCAGAACUUGCUGAGGGAAAAGAUUAUGAAGCUGCCGCUCCCCGAGUCUUUAAAAGCUUACUUGACAUAUUUUAGAGACAAAUAACUUACAACAAGGAAGAAUGCCUAUUGAUAAUUCCCUUACUCUUGUAAAUGUAGUGUUUAUUAGGAGUUAGAGAAUUAAUUCAUUAGAGUGAAUUAUUGCAGAAAAAAAGCUUAAGUUAUUUCUUUUAAUGACAGAAAUGAUGUAUUCAGUGAUUUAAAAGAUUCUCUUUCCUAAAAUCUAUUUUUCUUAAAUUUUGAGGGAAUGCUGUUUUAGCUCAGUGAUCUCAACGUGAAAUGCAUCAAUAGCCAGGAGUUUGUGUAUAAUUAUUCUAUUCUGGUUCUUCACUGAUUUAUAGAGUUAGGGUUGGAUUUCAUUCUGUAAGAGGUUGAUACAUUGUCACACAUAUAUAGGCUUAUUCCAAUUGCAGCUUGCAUUUCCUUUGUGUGAGCUCGCUUAUCUAAUAAGGAAAGCAAAUGUUUGUAGACCUGCUUACCUUACUUUGUUGUAGACAUAUUCCGGGCAACAUAUGAGUGCAAUAAUAAUUCAAGAUAUUGAAUAAUUUAGCUUUAAAAACUACAGACAUCAUGAAAUUUUACAGGCCUGAAACUUUUGCUUCUGAUUCUAUUGCCAAAAGAUACAGGGAAAAUUCCUGCUUCUCUCAUAGAGAUUUUAAGAGCACAGCAAGUGAAUAUUAAAGUAGGAGAUGGCUACUUAACACAACUAGUUUGUGUAGGCCCCUUGUCUUUUCAGUAGUUAAAGAUAAUGGGGUCAUCUUAACGCUAGAAUUUUAAAGAUAGUAUAUUUAGGAUUGCUUUUCUGUAAUUAUGAAGUAUUAGAUUCGAAAAGACAUUCAUUAUCCCGUUUGCCUCUGAAUGUAGACAGUGAGUCACUUUCAGUUCCCCUCACUUCCUACGUACCUCACGUAGCAGAGGAAUGAUGUGGUCUGCCGAGGCACUGUACGGGACUUUCAGUUACAUGAUAUUUGUCUUUGACGAGGUAGGCCAUGCUCACCUCAUCUGUUUUGAAUCUUUGUAGUAUAAACAGUCAUGGAAGUUGUAUGUAGAUGCCUUUGUAUUAAAAUUUGGUUCAGAAUCAAUGAGAUCUCUGGGAUCCACACCAAACUCAUUUCUUCUGUUCUCUGUUUUAUUACUUUGGUAAAAUGACAGUAGUUUUUAUUUUUUGCUUAAUGUUACAUUCUUAACCUAUAAUGGGUGUCAGUGCUAAAACAGGCAGUGCAUGUUGUUACCAGUUUUUUCCUCGUAAGGCUUGCACACAGCUCUUUGUUAAGAUGUAAGAUGUGAGCUACUUACUUACUUUUUUGCAUCACACAGAUUAUAUGUUUUUAAUGGGAAGAUUUCAAGGGUCUCACGUAUUCUCACCACAUCACUGUCAGAACAGCUACUCGGAUUUGCCUAAGGAAAUACAAUCAUGAUGAUUCAAAUAGUUUUAAAUGACUCAGCUCCAAUAAUUCUGCAUAUACUAAUCAUUUAAAAUAGUUUUGACUCAAAUAAUUCAAACAGUUUUAGUAAUUUGAGAGACAGUGUUAUGAAAAGGGCUCGUUUGACUUUUGUUGGAAUGGGCAUGUCCAGUUUUUCUUAACAUAAUUAGCAAACUAUUAUUGAGAAAUGCCCUAUCUUGUUUCUGUCCAAAAAAGGAAAAAGUCAUCCCCCUCUUCCCUGAAGUGGUACUGGGGAUUAAUCCCAGCCUGCUGUGACUGCGAUUUAACCUCAGAGCCAACAAACUGUUACAUUUAAAAUUCUGGUUUAGAAUUUUAAUUUUCAAUUCCUGAUACCCAUGUAGUUUUAUUUGUCCCUCACAUUUUUCUUAGUUUUUCUUGGCGCUGAUGUACAGAUAUCUGAAAAUCCAUGUUCUUCAAUGAUAUUAUUUAGGAGAGUGUUAUAAGUGAUAUAUUUGAAGUUGGCUGUUCUUAUACUGUCUUCUGUUAACUUUGAUGAGUUGUACAGUAGAUUGGAUCAUUGCAUUUUUUUUUGUCUUUGAAAUGUAUAUUUUGUCCUUUGUAGAUUCUUUAUUUUUCAGGUGUGACUUUAUGGUUGGCUUUUAAAGGUAGGAUUCAAUGAAAAUUUAAGGAAAGCAGUCUUACCUACUGAUCUAAGUGCAUUAGGUUGAGAAUAUUUGGGUUCAUGCUUAUUUUUAAUGAAGUCAUGUUUGUUUGGCUGUGGAAAGUUAUGCUUUAUAGGUAAAGAAGUAGCAAAUCCAGAUGAAAUAAACUGAAAAGAAAGAAAAAUGCAAGUGAUAGUAAAGCAUUUGUGAUGGCUCCCACCUGGAACAGCACUGGAGGCCCAGGCAAGAGGAAUACCUGAGGCUUGAGACCACCGGGGGUUACAUAGCAAGACCAGGCUUUGUUCUUCAAAGAAGAGAAACAAAAGAGGAUAUAUAAAAAUCAUGGGCCAUAGUCUCAUGGACUUACCUACAGACAGAAAUUUACAUUUACAUUUUGAAGGCAAUAAAGACGCCUUGAAGGGAGGAGUGUGCUGCUUAAGUCUUACAGCAGGUUGGAGACAGGGCCUGAAGGAACAGCCACCAUCACCAAAAUCCCAAGAAUCCAGAAAUGAGACCGUGCCUACCAAGGAUCUAAUUGAAAUCUGUAUUAUCCAUUGGUCAACGUAUUGAAAUGUGGUAUUAAUAAAAUGUCAAAAUAGCAUACAUGGUUAAAAUAAAAUACAAAGGUUUGUUGAUUGAGGUGGAAGUAAAAGAAAGCCUGCUAAAUCAUUGGACAUAUUGGGAAAUAAUUUUAAAUAAACAGAUCACAUCAUUACACAGCAUUA